AUGCGUGUGCAGUUGGCAGUAAAAACCACGUUAUUUUCAAUUUGCCAAGAGCGGCUGCAGUUUCACCGCGAAAUGCUGAGCUGCGGCUCUGCAUUUCCGAGUGAGCUGCUGAGGGCAGUCGCCCAGAGAAGGACAACCCCGGGGAGGGUAAAGGCAAGGCACGAACCACUUCUGCGGGAGCCCUUUGAGGGUUCACUGCACAGCCGCUACUCGAACUGCCUGAAUUCACGGCAGGGCCUCGCUUCUGCUCAGAGGAAGCAGAAAGAGACUACGUUUUGUGUACGAAAUGUACACAAAAUGUAUCGAGACGUUUCCUUGGAAGAGACGGACAGCUGGGACUAUCAGAGUUCCCGGUCUGGAGUCCGCUCUCAAGAAGGCUGUGACAGCGACACAGACCUUCCCCAAACAGUGCUACAAAUGCAUAAGAAGAAAAAAGUUCAUCUUGGUGUGAACCAGGAUGGAAUAAUAUUCCACUGUUUGCAUAUCUUUUCAGAUGUUUACAAUGGAACUGUGACCUUUCUACCUUUGGAGGAAAACAGUGAAGGAAAAUGCCUGAUUAAGAAGUGCAAUAUUUAUCAAAUUCAACUUAAACACAUAAAAGAUGAGGAAUGGUCUGUGUCUGUUGUAGUUCCAUUUCCAGAGGAUUGGUUUUCAGAUGGAAUUGCAUACCCCAAACUAGCGUGGCUUGGAAAUGAACUUUUGUCCAAACUGGCUAAAUGGUCUGUGGAGCAAAAGCCCAGUGAGUUUAAAAGUACACUCUCACUCAUUUCUGUAGCAAAGUACAGCAAAGUGUAUCAAGACCUCAAAGAAAAAUACAAAGAAAUGGUAAAGGUGUGGCCUGAAGUGACAGAUCCUGAGAAAUUUGUUUAUGAAGAUGUUGCCAUUGCCACUUACUUGCUGAUUCUUUGGGAAGAAGAGAGAAAGGAAAAAGGGUUGACUAAGAAACAGUCAUUUGUAGAUCUUGGAUGUGGAAAUGGUCUACUGGUUCACAUUCUAAACAAUGAAGGGCAUUCAGGUAGAGGAAUUGAUGUGAGGAGAAGAAAAAUAUGGGACAUGUAUGGACCAGAAACUCAUUUAGAGGAAUCUACAAUCAUGCCAGGUGACAGUCAUCUCUUUCCAGACACUGACUGGCUCAUAGGAAACCAUUCAGAUGAAUUAACACCAUGGAUACCCGUAAUUGCAGCUAGGUCUUCCUAUUCAUGUUGCUACUUUGUGCUGCCAUGUUGUUUCUUUGAUUUCCAUGGAAAAUACAGCCGAAGACAAAGCAAGAAAACUCAGUACAGAGAAUAUCUAGAUUUUAUUGCCCAAGUGGGAUUUGUAUGCGGCUUUCAUGUAGAAGAAGAUUGCCUUAGAAUUCCAUCAACAAAAAGGGUAAGCCUGAUUGGAAAAAAUAGGAUCUAUCCACCUACAGAAUCUGCUCUGAUUGACAAGCAGAUAACACAGUUUAUUAACAAUCGUCGGACCUGUACUGGCAUCACGUGUGACAGAAGAGUUGGAUUUAAUCAUAAGGACCACUGUGAUGGUGUGUGUGAAGAAGCAGGCUCAGAACUUCCUGCAGAUGAGACUGAGACAGCUGGUACCACUUGGAUGCCUGGAUUUCAACCCAGAGAAAAAGUGGAACAAAUCAGAAACUGCGCUUCCCUCCCUCGGGAGUUUGUAGAUGAAGUGGUUCUCAAUGUGGCAAACUUGCUGUUAAAUGCAACCCCCCAAAAAUCAUAUUCAAAUAUGCAGGGUGGAAAUAUGAAUUCUUGGAAUCAAGGAGAAAGCCUUUCUUUGAAAGAAGUGGCAGAACACUUAAAUAAAGAGACAUUAAAAAGGCUAAAGAGUGAAUAUGGAGGCCUGCAGACACUACUGAAGAACAAUCAUCAAGUGUUUGAAGUUCUGAAUGGGAGAGUUCACAUUCGUGAUUGGAGAAAAGAGAAACCAUCAAGUAAAACUAAACCUGAAGCGAAGCGUCGCCUUUCAGCUGAAGCAUUUAAAACACGUCUCUGUUGGUUUUUCAUUCAUCAUCCUGAUGGUUGUUCUUUGCCUUCUGAAUCUUGCCCAUAUGCUCAUGGAACUGAGGAGCUAAGGCAGUCUCAGAUAAUUAAAAAGAAAAAACAUAUACAGUAAUAAAAUGUUGCCACUUACGUUCAAGCUUGUGUACCCCACCUGAACCUAGGAUUGACUUUGGGACUGCGUAGUGCAUGAAGAUCUGUACAAUAUGAAGGGGUUUUCCACAUGCCUUUGCAUCUUAUUUUGCAGUUGGUUUACAAAUUCUCCCAUAUUUCUAAAUCUUUAUUUUUUUAUGGAAAAGGUAUAGUAAAGAAUGUCUCUACGUUUGGAUUUGUCAUGGCUUGGCUAGCGCAUGCUUGUAUAAGGAUAAAAUUUAAAAGCUUAAUUUCCUAGGAAACUCUUUGUGAUCCUCAGUCAGAUCAAAAGCACAUGAUGCAGCGUUUU